AUGGAUCGUCCACCGGACUCGAUGUCCGAUCGAGUGCGCCAUCGACGCUUCCUAGUGCUCGAUCGACAUAAACAAUCUCAACCGCAAAAGCUUGACGAUGUCUCUGAAAAUUACAGUCCACGGAGCACUGAAAGCUCCUCAGUAUCUUCGUAUCGCGCACCAUUUAUGCCUAUGCCCGUUGCUAUUCAGGUCGAGGAUGAGGACGGAUUUCAAAUACGUGGGUGAAA